UUCAUAUUAGCAUCAAAGAAGAAGAAACUACCGCAUGGCUAACGCUGAUCUUCCUCCCCUGUGUGCAAAGGGUUGCGGCUUCUACAGUUCGUCGCAGACCAAGAAUUUGUGUUCCAAGUGUUACAACGAUUUCCUCAAAGAACAGAUUUCCAAGUCUACAGCCGAAGUCAAAGUUGAUCCUUCUUCCGCUGCACCAAACCCUUCUGUUUCCGUUGAUUCUUCAUCGGUUCCUACUCCAUCAAAAUUGAAGAACCGGUGUGAAAGCUGCAACAAGAAGGUUGGUUUGAUGGGAUUUUCUUGUCGGUGCGGGAAAGUUUUAUGCGGUGUUCAUCGUUAUCCCAAGGAACAUUCGUGUAAUUUUGAUUUCAAGACAGCUGAUCGUUUGAUUUUAGCGAAAGAAAAUAUUCUUGUUAAGGCUGACAAACUAGAAUCAAGGAUUUGA